CUCCGCCCAUUCACUGCGUGUGCCGCCGCCCGCACUCCGUCCGGCUGAGUUGGAUCCACCGCCGAGGAGCGAUCUCAGCGCCGCGCUCAUUGCCAGGAUGACAGUCAAGCUUUAUCUGCUUCUGUUUAUCAGUCAACUGCCUGUCCUGUUUAAUGCGUUAUCCGGGUGUGUUGACGCAUCGACAACACAAACCAAUCACACUCCACAGCCACAGAGAAAAGCGUUUAUCAGGGGAGAUGAAGCCCUCAGUUUCUUGGGACGGCGUCUCCUAUACAAUCAGUGGGAUUUUGAAAUAUUCACCCAAGGAAAUCUCGAAAGAGAGUGUUAUGAAGAAAUAUGCAACUUUGAAGAGGCACGAGAGGUUUUUGAAGAUGAUAAGAAAACACUUAGCUUUUGGAAAGUAUACUCAACAAAGGGCCCUUAUGCUAACUCAGGAAUUACAGCUGACGUUACUACAAUUCUGACAGCUUUCUUUGGCACUCUGAUAGUUUUAAUUGUGUUGGGGUUGUUCCUCUGGUAUUGCUGCAAGCACAGAUCCAAAGAUCAGAAUAGGACAAGGAGGACUGAAGAAACCUCCGUGUAUCUUAUGCCCAUUCUUGGAAACCCAAAGUCAGCUCUACCUACCUAUGAGCAAGCGCUUAUGGCAACUGGACAACAUGAUGCUCUUCCACCUCCCUACCCAGGGUCACCUUCUGGUUCCUGAAAAUCCCAUUGCUCCAGAAAACGAAUAGACAAAUUAGUCUUGAUAAAAAAAUUGGCACUAAUAGAAAACAUUUAUAUAUGGUGUAUUUUUAAUAAUGAAAUAUGCACUAUAAAAAUUACAUUAAUUACUGUUUGUAUUUGAAUAUGUGAUAUUUGUAUAUAACUAUGUGGAUGUAAAAUUCUUCAGAAAUGAUACAAAAAAUGUUGGUUUAUUUUUCGUAGUUUAACUUUUUUCAAACACUUUCUUAAUCUAUUAUAUGAACAAAUAACAUUUUAACUAAUGCAGUUAUAAAUCUGCAAACCAUUGACCUUCUCGACAGUUUGGCAGAAGUGUGUCUCAUUGCUUCCAAGUUGCAGGAUUUCAGCUCCAGGGAUGAUUGGAAAAUUGAAAAUAUUUGUAUUGGGCUAGAGUUAAGUAGGGCUGAGUACUUAAGCAUGUGUCUUCUAUAAUGUUUCUCAUAUAUCAAUUAUAAGUAAGGGAGAAUUAUAAUAUUUUCCUAAAAAAAUCAUCCACUAUUCCAUGUUGGUCUAGCAGCUCAGUCAGCCAAAUCAUGAACAGACUUAAAAAAACAUAGUCUUCAAAAGCUGCUUCACACUAAAAAGCUUACUGAUCCUGGAAUUUCAAGGCUUAAUUACCUAACAACUUUCCCUUUCAACUAGUGCAGGUCUUCAAGUCUGACUAUCAAAAUCAAAACUCAGAUAAGUACAGACCUGCAUUCCUCUCAUCAACCAGCUCUGAGCUUGGUUUCCAUUGUAAUUCAUGGUCUUGUAACAUUUCAGCCACAUCAACAAGAGCUGACUUUGGAGCAAUCCAUUGUCACCUUUAUUCAAUUUCUCUCUCUGUCAAUGCCCCCAGCAUUGAGUUGAAACAUUAGUUGUUGAUAUUUAUAGCAUUCACAGCCACAUUGAGAAACUGGCAUGUCAGGUUAGCUGGUAUCCUGAACAUGUCACUUGCAUCCCACGAAUACAAUAUUAUGAUAUCAAAUGGAUUGAUUAUAUUCCUAACACUAUUUACUCAAUAUUUUCUUGUUCCUGUGAUGUCAGAAUUUUGUAUUUGCUCAAGUCUAAAGAAAGACUUUGCUCUGGGCUUUACAUUAUGUACUAAUUCAAUACUAUUGAUAAACGAUGAAUCAUGGGUUUUGACAAAGGAUUACUAAUAUGGAGAAGGAUCUAGUCACGGAGUAGAAGGUUAGUGAGGUUAGAAUAAUUUCUGCUAAUUAAUUUACACUACAAGUAUACUUCAACUGACAAUAUGUCCUAUACUUGAAUUGAUCUGGACUUUCAAUGGAACCCAUAAAUUACAUUGGGGGUGCAUAGGUAAAUGUUUGAAAUGAGGAAAAGUUGUGCAUUAUAAAUUUUUGGGCACCACAUCGAUAUCCAAGAACACUUAUUAGUCACCACCGCCGGACAGGAAUAUACUUGAAUUUGUGCAAGUUUAGAUGAUGGUUUAUCAACUCCAAACUCGCUCAACCUCUUUUGUUUCCUCCUUGAAGACAUCUAUACAAUCUUACUGUGAAAGCAACUCGACUGUGCUUUAGGUCUUUUGGGGAACUAUUAAUUGAAUUCACCUAUUCACAUAAUUGAGUAUAGACCAAGAACAUUCCACACUCAUCCUCAUAUCUGCUGAAUCAUCCAUCAGGCUGAGGUUUGAGUCAUUGUACAUUAGAGAAAAAAAUAUUGGUUUAAAGUUCUAUUUUUGCGAGACUGCGACUGGAAGUUUCAUGUGAAUUGAUGUGAUGCCAUUUGCAAAUGUACAAUCUGUCAGCACUGUUCAGAAAGUCUUGUCUGUGAAUAAUACCAUUUGGAUAAACUUGUGAUAAUGAAGGGAGCUUCUGGAAUUGUACCGUGAGAGACAAUACUUUCAGUAGAUGGUAUAAGAGGAGCAUAAAAUACCUGCCAUGUCACUUCUAGUAUUCUGGGUAUUAAUUGUUGUUGUUACCAUUCUGACUAAUUAAGCUCAGAUAAGUUGUCUCAGGAAAUCUUUUUGCCGUACAAAAAAAAUGAAAGGAAAUGAAAGGACUUUAGUGACUUACCUCAAGAUUUGGGUGCCUAUUUAGGAAGGUUUGUAUUGAAGAUGUGCAGGUCUGCAUAUCUGACUGGAAGAGAGAAACCAUUUUACUUCAAAACCUCACAUAGCCCUAAUUAAACGCAUACAUUUCUUUUAACACAGAAAUUACUUCAUGCAAAAUUCUGGGGUGGGGGGGGGACAUUCUGAUAGUUCUUUCAUACUCUAUAGGAUUAUGAAAUAGUACUGUGAAUAAAGUACAGACAGUAGUCUCUGUGUAGUCAUGCCUUUUGUGCUUAAGUCCUUAAUUAUUGUGAAAUCUGAGAGGCUUUAGUUAACUAUGAUUACAAUUUUAUUUUACUGAAUUUGCCAAAUUUAUUUUGGGGUUUGCUGUCAAAUGCAAUAGUCAUUUAGAUUUCAUUAAAGGCUUCUUUGGAAAUUUUGAGGCAAAUCGCCCUUUCUCUGGAACUGCUAGCACUAAUAUCCCAGUACUUUCUCUCCAAACUGUCUUACCCUUAACCAAAACAAACAUUACCCUUACAGAAAUUGAACAUUUUCCCCAAUAUGCUUUAGUUUCAUGUUCUUCUGUUGCAUGUUAUCUUUGAUGUCCUUUGGCUUUUUUUUCCAGGAAAUCAGCCUCCAGAGUUUUGUCUUCAAUUAAUCAACAUUCUAGAUCCUAAACCUGGGCUGUUUAAGCAAUUUCCUUCCCUGCUUUCUUGUUAAUUCAAUGGAGUAUAUAUUUGUGUUAACAGAUUGAUAACUAUUUGUAAAAUGUUUUGAUUCUAAAUAAAACCUGCUUUCAUC